GGCGAUGCGGGCGGCGGGACGCGGCUGUGCGGUGCUGCUGGCCCGGCCGUGCCGCGCUGCCGCUCCGGCCAUGCGGCCGUGCUGACCCGGCCAUGCGGCGGCCGUGCAAGGUGGCGGCGGCGCUGCUGUGCCUGGCCGUGCUGCUGCUGCUCUAUCUGCUGGCGGGCAGCGCGGCCCCGCCGCCCGCGCCCUCCGUGCCCGCCCGCCGCCCGCCGCGCCUCGGCCGGAGCCCCCCGAGGAGGAGCCCCUCGGGCAGCGGCAGCGCCAGCGCCAGGAAGCCUGGAGAGCAGAAACAUCCAAAGGAGGCCUCAYCCUCAUCCUUGCAGUGCAUGCAUCUGGCUGUGGUGGCAUGUGGGGACCGGCUGGAGGAGACACUGAUCAUGCUGAAAUCAGCAGUUCUCUUCAGCAACAGGAGGCUUUGCUUCCACAUCUUUGCUGAGGAUUCCCUUAAGCCUGAAUUUGAGAAGAAGUUGAAGGAGUGGCCUUCCUCAUACACGAAGAAGUUUGAGUCCAACAUUUACCCAAUAACCUUCUCGGUAGGAAAUGCUCAGGAAUGGAAAAAGUUAUUCAAACCAUGUGCUGCCCAGCGCCUGUUUCUUCCGGUGAUUUUAAAGGAUGUGGAUUCCCUGCUUUACGUGGACACCGAUGUGCUGUUCCUGAGGCCCAUCGAUGACAUCUGGCACCUCCUGAGAGAGUUCAACUCCACGCAGCUGGCUGCCAUGGCCCCCGAGCACGAGAUCCCCAAGAUUGGCUGGUACAGCCGCUUUGCCCGUCACCCUUAUUACGGCACCACCGGCGUCAACUCGGGCGUGAUGCUGAUGAAUUUGACACGGAUCCGCAGCACUCAGUUCAAGAACAGCUUGAUACCGGGUGGUUUGACUUGGGAGGAAAUGUUAUAUCCAUUGUACCAKAAGUACAAAAAUUACAUCACAUGGGGAGACCAGGAUUUGCUAAAUAUCAUUUUUUACUUUAACCCAGAGUGUCUGUACGUGUUCCCCUGCCAGUGGAACUACCGGCCUGACCACUGCAUGUACGGCAGCAACUGCCGGGGCGCCGAGGACGAGGGGGUCUCCAUCCUGCACGGCAACCGCGGCGUUUACCACGAUGACAAACAGCCCACCUUCAAGGCCCUCUAYGAGGUGAUCCGGGAUUUUCCAUUUGAAGACAAUCUCUUCCAAUCCUUGUACUACCCUUUGCAGUCAAAAUUUCUGGAUACAGUGCACACUUUAUGUGGGAGAAUUCCACAAGUAUUUUUGAAGCAAAUUGAGAAGACUAUGAAGAAGGUGUAUGAAAAUCGUGUCAUUGUCUACUUGGGKGCCAACCACAGAUACUAACUGCAGCUCUCUUUUUACACAGAAGUUUCAAGUCUUGUACUCCAUUUCAUGAAGGAURUAAAUGAAGAAUAUGAACUCCUUUACUGAAACUCAGAAUUUAAAUGUUUUUUUAUCCAAUUUCCUAAUAAUCCUUYAAAUUACAAAAGGCAGGAAAUUCUAGAAGCCUACUUAGAUUGUUGCUGAGAACAGCAGGAGAAUCUUUUCUUUGUGGAGUACAGUUGUGGCCUGCCCCCCAGUCCCUUACACUUUAAGAAUGUAUUCUGUGGCUUGGUAAUGUGAAUUGCAUUGGGCACAGUCCAAGGAUAUUGUCAAUGAAGAGUACAAACGCAGGUACCAUUGAUCCAUUUUGCUCUUYAAGUGCUAUUUCCUGCACAGUAACAGCAGUAUUCCACUGUCAGUUUUCCAUCCCUGGCUUGGGGGAUGGCCAGUGCUGCUCCUGACUCYAUUCUCCUGCAUGGAAAUGUAUUUCUGCCUGGCACUU